CUUUACUGUUUAAUUUUGGGCCUGUCAGGUGGACAGUAUCCGUUCACCUGCGUUCACCUGUAAUCGUAUCUUUGUAGGUGUGAAUUAUAUGCAUAUGAAGACUGAUCUUGAUCUGAAACAAACGGGAAUCGACAGAACGUAUCCCGCUCGAGUUGGAAAGGCUAGAUGGCAUCAUCGAAGAGUUUGUUAGGUUAGAGGCGAAUCGAUUUCAUGAUGAGGUCAGUCAUAUGGGACAACAUGGAUUUGGUCAAAGCCAAGAAGGCAAAGUACAAUGUAGACAAAAUUUAUAUGGAUUUGGAACUACUUAAAAAGCGGAUAAACUACUAUGUCUACCAUGAGGAAGACAUGAAAGCAGAGGAACUAAAGAGCAAUGGGAUCAACAAGUUAGCAAGAAAAAGGAGACGCUUGUCAGUACAGUACGAAAAAUUAAAAAAGGAUUUACUGUUUUAUGAGAGUAUAUAUGAAAAGGCAUUAAUGAAGCAGGUGAAGAACCUGAGAAGAAAGAUUACAGAAGGUAAAAUAAAGUUGGAGGAUCUAAAAGAAAAAUGUAAACAUCUAGACGGGCAGAUGCACAAAAUAGCGAGAAAAUGGGCUUCGAUGAGGAGAGACGAGAAAACGGAUAAACAUUUGGAAGAAAAAAACUUGUUGAUUAAUGGUGAAAAUAAAAUGAAAUUGAAGUCAAAUACGGAAUCAGACGGAUGGAAAAUGACAUCAAUCUCCAAACGGAAAUGUCCGAGAAUUAAUGGUAAAAUUAAGAUUAAAAUUCAAAGGAAUAAGAAAUCCGGUGUUUCAAAAAUGUUUUUCAUUAAUGACGGUAAGACGCAACGAUCGUUUUGUGAUUUGAUGAAAAAGAAGGAAAAAAAGCCUUUGCAUUUACAAGAAUGUCGAAUUAUGCUACAGAAGUUAACGGAAGAGGAGACAAAACUGUACACCAACGGAAAACAUUUGGUUGAACAACCAAGGAAAAAUCAAUAUAUAUCGCAACAAUCUUUAUCGCAAUCGAGUGAAAGUAGGUCGGUAAAUAGUAAACCAACCUGGCGUAUUAGGAUUCCGAAGUCAGUUUUGAAUGAAAGUCAGAAUGAAAUAGACAAUUCUAAUUCAAAUGAAUCUAGCAAUCCAAUGCAUAUCAUGCGGACUCGCACAUCUUACCGCUAA